GGCGGGAUCAACCUUAGCAACGUCAAAACACCUGUGAGGUGUGUAAGCUUUCCUUCUUACCAAAUUUAUGUUUUUCAUUCACUCUACUGUUUAGCAAUGGAUGCAGCCAAUCGACCUUUAUUAGUUCCACCGGAUUUUGCUACGUAUGCUGAGAAAAAUGGCAUAUUCGACAUGUACAAGCGUCUUCUGCAGCAAUUACUGAUCCACAAACCUGAUGAUCCUCUUCCCUUCCUUGUGGAUCUGUUGAAAAGAGACAAUGAUGAUGUUCCACAGAUUGUUCUACUCGGGCCACCCGCUUCAGGAAAAAGAACGAUUGCCAAAAGCAUCUGUAACAAGUUGAGGACAGCCCAUAUUACAGCUGAGAACCUGGUGGCUGAAGCAGAGGUGGAAUUAAGGAAUGAAGCUCAAUCUUACUUAGACAAGGGUCAGGAGAUCCCAUUGGAAUUGUGGAGGAAUAUUCUAAAGGAGAGAAUGUCGCUGUUUGACUGUGUGAAGAAAGGAUGGGUCAUGGAGGGAUUCCCUUGUACCAGGGAACAAGCACAGGUUUUUCAGGCCAUUGGAGUCAACCCCACCCAUUGUGUGUUGCUGGAUGCACCAGACACGGUGUUGGUGGAAAGAGCAUCAGGAAAGCGAGUAGACACAGAGACAGGAGACAUCUACCACACAACAUUUGAUUGGCCAAGCAGCACAGAGAUUCAGUCACGACUGGAAGAGGUGCCUGGCUAUAGUGAGGAGGCCGUCAUCAGUAAACUGGAAAGCUAUCAUCGUCACAUAGACGGCAUCAAGAGAUGCUAUGAGAAAGUAAUAAAGGUUAUCAAUGCUGAUCAGCCUAAAGCUGAUGUCUUUGCUCAAGUGUUCUCUUACCUAACGACUAUCCCACGCUCCGUGGCUCCCCACACCCCACGAGUCAUUCUACUGGGGCCUACAGGCAGUGGCAAAGGAGUCCAAGCUGCUUUACUUGCCAAUAAAUACAACAUUGUCAAAGUGUCGUGUGGGCAGCUGAUCAAACAGGCCGUGGCAGACGAGAGUAAGCCCGGACUGGCUGCCAAAACCUACCUGGAGAAGAGUAUGCAGGUACCAGACAGUAUUGUGCUGACGAUCCUCCGGGAGAGGCUGGCCCAGCUGGAUUGUGUUAGUCGAGGGUGGGUCCUUCAUGGUUACCCCCUUUCACGGGAGCAGGCAGAGCAGCUGGACAGGGCAGGAUUCACUCCCAACAGGGUGUUUUUCCUGAACGUGCCAAAUGACUCGGUGGUUGAGCGACUGACCCUGCGGGCCACAGACCACCUGACCGGGGAGAGAUAUCACAUGCUCUACAACCCGCCUCGUUCCCAGGAGGUGAAGGAACGUCUGCGCUGCCACCCUAAAGAUCGCGAAGAGAGCGUCCGCGGCCGACUGGCAACAUAUUACACAUUCCAGGAAGAGCUGAAUGAUUACUACCUAGAAGCGCAACAUAUCAACGCUGACCAGGAUCCACAUACUGUGUUUGAGAACAUCGAGAGUAUGAUUGUCAAUCCUCUGCCUAAACAGUACGACAGAUAACUGGUUUGAACAUCAGACUGUGGACACUGUUACCUACUUGCACAUGUCAUCUGAAAAGUCAGAUACCCUAAUUCCUCAACCUUUUUGCAUAUGAAAGACCAACUUUUAGUGCAAUUUAUGCACAUUGUUAAUUUGAUUUUGGAGAUGAAUCUACAUUCGUUAGAUUGGCCAAUUUCAGGGCUUCACAAAAAGUGUAACUAUAUGAGCCUACACAGAAUAAUGCCUUCAGAAGAUGUUUGAAUAAACACCUUGCAAACGUGCGAAAAGGUUAAAGAAUUAGAGCAAUGGGGUGCUUACAUUGAACUAUUUAUUAAUUGUUUCAUAACUUCUCCGCUUAUUUCUACUGAGAAAGCAUGUACAAUAAACGACCAGAAAUUUUGCCCAUUACAAAGUGGCACAUUUUGCCUUUUCUCAUUUGUACACUGUAUUUUCUGAAUUGAUUCUACUUGGGUGUAUGAUUCUAUACAAUUGCAUGUAUUUACAGUUUAGGAACCUGUGCUCAGCAUGACAUGUUUUCAUGCCAUAGUUAUGAGUUAUGUGAAAUGGCAUCUGAAUAGCUUUGUAUUUUGUCCUGGUAUAAAAUAAAACUUAUUUUAUGAAGUUUGGAAGACAAUUGAUGUCCAUUCAACUGAACUUGGCCUGGUAAAUUUGAGUUUGCUCGAACAAAUAUUUACAUGAAAAAAUGGACUGAUUUUUUAGAAAUAUGGGAAAAAUUCCUAAAAUAACAUCUCUGGUGCUGAAAUUAAGGAAUUCAGUCAAAUUGGAUCUCUCAAAAUAAGGCGAAAUGAUAAUUUAAACAUGUUUGAAAUUUUAAGUCUGAUACAAUACUUACGGCUCUAUAUGGCGGAGAUGCUUGUCAUUUCUUAUGAGCUAUAUCCAUGGAAUUCUGUGAAACUGUAUAGCGAUGAUUAGGUGCAGCUUUGACUGGCUAUAGAAAUCACUCCUCUUCUUUGCCCAAAGCUACAAAAGCGGAAAGGGGACUUGGAAAUGCUGCAGUCUCUCUGCCCUUUUGUGGUACAAGUACCUAUGAAAGCAUAGAAAGUAGCGACUUUGGCUGUAAAGUUACCAAUAGUACCCACUGGUAUAGUUUGAAUCAAUCAAUUGAUGGUGUCUUCGUGGCGAAGGUGGUUAGCGUGUCAGAAUGCUGACCCAGGAG